AUGACCACAUCCAACCCGCUCACCACCGAGGAGGCAGCCGAGGCCGGCCUUUUGCCUGCGUCUCAUUGGCAACAGGAGCCUCUUCCCGGGGAUGUGGAUGCCGACGAUGGCGCCUCAACCAUCGGGUCGUUCGUUUCCAGCACCGCCUCGCUCUCCGAGUCGAUCUUCAAGUAUCGGACCAUCCACGGAAGAACCUUCCACAGCGAGAUCGGCAAUGCAGAGUCAUGGCAGCCUAAUGAUGCUCACCACAUCGAUGCCCAGGAGGUUGCCCACCACAAUUACAUGGUUGCUAUAGGGCACAAGCUGUAUCUUUCACCACUCGAGAAGAACAAGGUUGGGAAGGUUCUUGAUAUCGGCACUGGUACGGGCUCGUGGGUGAUAACUUGUUUCUCCUUUUCCACUACUAGCGAUUUCGCCGACGAGUUUCCUAAUACCGAAGUUAUUGGUACCGACAUCACCCCGAUCCAGCCAACCUGGACCCCAUCCAAUUGCAAGUUUGAACUCGACGACUGCAAUGCGGAAUGGACCUGGCCCGACAACACCUUUGAUUUCAUCCACUGCCGCAUGAUGUUUGGCGUCGUCACUGACUGGGACGACUUAUUCCGGCAGGCCUACCGCACCAGUAAGCCUGGCGGCUGGGUUGAAAGUUUUGUUGCUUGCAGUACCAUGUUUUCUGACGACGGAACGGUGAAGGAGGGCAGCGCCAUGAGCCAGUGGGCUAAGGUGUGGAACGCUGGAGGGGAAAAGACGGGAAGAACGUUUAUGGUUUAUGACCAUGAUCUGCAACAAAAGGGUAUGGAAAAGGCAGGAUUUGUCGACAUCACAGUCAAGGAGUUCAUCAUCCCUGUGGGCGUAUGGCACAAGGAUAAGGAGCUGGCCGAAAAGGGCAUCUGGUGGAAGAUGAUGAUGGAGGCUGAUCUUGAAGGAUACCUCAUCUACAUCUUCAACGUUGUUAUGGGCUGGACCCCCGAGGAGAGUACGGCCUACGCCAAGCAUUUCCGCAAGGAAUUGAACGAUCCCAACAUCCACGCCUACUUCAAGGCGCGUACUGUUUACGGCCGGAAGCCGCACCCGUAA